GCAGCCGGGCAUUCUAGAAUUGGGUUUCCAUUAUUUUUAAUUAGUUCUUGAGAGCUAAAUUCUAGAAUUGCGGACAAAUAUGGAGAGGACGGGAUUGUCGGAAGAUGAAAUCGGGAGACUGCAGUCGGAUACUUGGGAAAGCUGCGGCGGCGAAGAUGAUCGGAAGCAGAGAGUUUGCGCCGUGUGUUUGUCGGAAUAUGCCAGAGGUCAAGAGAUUACCACUUUGCUUCCCAUUUGCUCACAUGAUUUCCAUAAAUAUUGUAUUGCGGCGUGGCUGAGGAGGAACGCCACCUGCCCUUUAUGCCGCCGUCGGGCCGCCGCCCCGCAGCGGCCGCCGCCUGCUUCUGACGUCAUGUCUUUGAUGCCGCACAAUGUAUUUCGUAGUCUGCGGGUUAAUUAGGCAGCCCCCGUCGUUUGGGUCUACUACCACAGCAGCCCAAAUUCGGACAAAUUGAAGCAAUUAACUAAUUAAGUUCUUUUCAUUUUAAACUAGUUUGUUCUGUUCUGUCUGAAUUGAUCUGGUCUGGUAAAUGUCUAAUCUUUGUAUAUUUAUAACUAUGUAAGUCUGGUAUCAUCUGAUCUGGUCUGGACUGUUUAAGUCUGAUCUGAUUUGAUCUGAUGUAAUUUAAGUCUUAUCUGAUCUCGUCUGUAUUUAAGUCUAAUUAUGUGUGGUCAUUACUCGUUGGAUAGGUGUAAUGUCUUAAGAGAAAGAUUGUUAUUAAUUAUUUCAUCAUAUGUCUCCAAUGUGAUCAGUUGGUGACUUGGUUCCAC